AUGAAAAGCGGAGAAAAUCCGGCUGUUGAGAGAGAGACUCGGUAUCACGUAUACGCAGCAGCGGCGGCAGCAGCAGCAGCCGCCGCGGCGGCUGCCGCCACGAACUCCUCUUCUCCGUUCGGCGGCUCAACCGCCGCCUCGGCCACCGGAUCCCCACUGAGCCUCUCCGCCGAACUCGCUUUCCUACAACAGUACCAGCAACAAGCAGCAGCAGUGGCAGCCGCCACUGCCGCCGUAGCCGCCGCAGCAGCCGCCUCUUCCUCCUCGUCCUCAUCCUCGUCUUCGUCGUCCCACAACUCGUCUUCCUCCGCUGCUUCCAACAACCAACACCCGCGUCGACACGACACCAACGACGACGCUACGCACGUCACUGUGGCUGCUGUCGGUGACGACGAAAGCAACAACAACAACGGGAAGCAUCAGGAGUCGCCGGCGGCGGCGGAAACGGCGCCGUCUGUGAGGAAGAAGAAGAGGGAUCGGAGGGUGUCGCGAGAUGACGGCACUGCUGCGACGACGGCGGCGGCUGGGGUGGCGGCGUCGACGACUACGACGACGUCGACUUCGACGGCGUCGAUUGGAGAGAGAGGAGGGAGGGAAGAAUUGGUGAUGGGAGGGAAUGCGGCUGUGACGUCGACGACGUUGACGCCGGGCUCUGCGUUUGACCAGUUGGUGUUGUCGUCGAUGCAAGGACCACCGGGUUCCAGAGGCUUGAUGUCUGAGUACCUGAGCAGCAGUUUUGCGGCUGCUGCAGCGGCGGCGGCAGCGAGUGGCGUCCCGUCGCCGCUGCUGCUGCGGGCCUCGGCCUCGUCUUCCCUGGGCCACUCUGCGGGAUCUGCAUCGGGUUCGGGUUCCUCGAGUUCAACCAGCUCUGGACUCGGCGGGCUCAUGGGUUGCUUCGGACCGCCGGUGCAUUCCAUGGUGGCGCCUGCACCACCCGUGGCGCCGCCACCGCACGUGCCCACGUCCAUGUCCAUGGAGUUUGCAGCCGGCAUGCAUCAGGCGGCUGCUGCAGCGGCGGCUGUGGCGGCUGCUGCUGCUGCUGCCGCCACCCCGCCCGUGUCUGCCGCCGCGUCCACUGAUCUCUCCUUUUCGCUCGACGGAUCUCGAUUGCUGUCCACGCCGCGACCGGCCAGUGUGCGUGGCAGUCGGAAGAGGGCGCUGUCCUCGUCGCCAUAUUACUCUGACUCCUUCGACAUCAACUCCAUGAUCCGCUUGAUGUCUGAGUACCUGAGCAGCAGUUUUGCGGCUGCUGCAGCGGCGGCGGCAGCGAGUGGCGUCCCGUCGCCGCUGCUGCUGCGGGCCUCGGCCUCGUCUUCCCUGGGCCACUCUGCGGGAUCUGCAUCGGGUUCGGGUUCCUCGAGUUCAACCAGCUCUGGACUCGGCGGGCUCAUGGGUUGCUUCGGACCGCCGGUGCAUUCCAUGGUGGCGCCUGCACCACCCGUGGCGCCGCCACCGCACGUGCCCACGUCCAUGUCCAUGGAGUUUGCAGCCGGCAUGCAUCAGGCGGCUGCUGCAGCGGCGGCUGUGGCGGCUGCUGCUGCUGCUGCCGCCACCCCGCCCGUGUCUGCCGCCGCGUCCACUGAUCUCUCCUUUUCGCUCGACGGAUCUCGAUUGCUGUCCACGCCGCGACCGGCCAGUGUGCGUGGCAGUCGGAAGAGGGCGCUGUCCUCGUCGCCAUAUUACUCUGACUCCUUCGACAUCAACUCCAUGAUCCGUUUCUCGCCCAACUCCUUGGUGUCGCUGGUGAACGUGUCGCGAGGUUCCAGUGUGUCCGGUUCCUACGGACAUCUUUCCGCAGCUUCUUUGAUGGGGCAUUUGAGCCCGGUAUUCGGAGCACACCCGGCAGUGAGUCCAGGCCAUCUUCAACAACUGCACCACCACCACCAGCUCCUGCGUUCGUCUUCCUCUUCGUUGCCCGGAUCCCUGGCUGCCGCCACUUCUCUGCUCCCUCCGCCGCCUCCACCGCCACCCCCGCCGCCGCCACCGCAUUUGUCAGUGCCGACUUCAGUCGCUGCCGCGUCUCUGUUCCUGUCGCAGCAGCAACAACAACAACACCAUAUUUUUCUUCGCAUUCGAUUAAAGGUGUCGUCAACGGGUUCGACGUCGUCGUCGGUCCUAUCAUCGGCAUCGAGUGGAUCCCUGGAACCCUCGUCUCGUCAUCAACCUCCAACCUCAGUGUCCAACAAGGACUCCCCUGCAGUGGUCUCCUCAACCGUCAUGGACGUGGACGUGGACAUGAAGCCCGAAAUGGCGCCUUUGUCGCCACCAACGCCAUCGCAGCCUCACGCCACGCACCACCACCACCACCACCAUCACCACCACCGGCGCCAGUUGUCUUCGGAACCAUCCCCGACACGCGGCGACGACGAACCCGGGGAUUUCAUCGAGACCAAUUGUCACUGGCGAGGAUGUUCGCUGGAAUUUGCGACUCAGGACGAGCUGGUGAAGCAUAUCAACACGGAUCAUAUUCAUGCGAACAAAAAGAGCUUUGUGUGUCAAUGGGACGAGUGUUCGAGGGAGGAGAAGCCGUUUAAGGCGCAGUACAUGUUGGUGGUGCACAUGCGGAGACACACUGGGGAGAAGCCGCACAAGUGCACUUUUGAGGGCUGUGUGAAGGCCUACAGUAGGCUUGAGAACCUCAAGACUCACCUCAGGUCGCAUACGGGGGAAAAGCCGUAUUUGUGCGAAUUUCCUGGAUGCACAAAGGCGUUUUCGAAUGCUUCGGACAGGGCGAAGCACCAAAACCGAACACACAGCAACGAGAAACCCUACGUGUGCAAGGCGCCAGGAUGUACGAAACGGUAUACGGACCCGAGUUCCUUACGGAAACACGUGAAAACUGUCCAUGGAGCUGAUUUCUACGCCAGCAAGAAACACAAGGGCAACGAUCACCCGGGAUGGUCCGGAGGAGGCGGCGGUGGCGGCAACAGCAGCAACGGCGGCGCCAGUGGAGGACCCUCCGGAAGCGCCCCUGGUGGAACUCAUGGAGGAAGCGACGGAGCAGAAGGCGGUGGAUCGAGUCGGCGCCACCGAGCACCAGACCCAGACGCCAACAUGAGCGAUGGCGGCAGUCCUUCAGGUGGCGGUCGAAGCGCCGCAGGCUCCACGCCGUCUCCGUCUCCAUCGGUGGUGGCGGCGUCGUUUCGAACGUCGCGAAGCCGCGGCGGUAGUAAUGGUAAUGGCGUUGGUUGGACAAACCGAGAAGCCGUGUUCCCGGCGCCGAUUUCGGAGAACCUCGUGUCGACAACGACGUCGACGUCGAGUCACUUGCGACAUCCGCCGCACGGGCAACAGCAACAACACCACCAACAACAGAAUCAUAAUAGUAAUCAUCAUCAUCGGUCGAGAGAUAACAACAUUGACGACGAUGACACUUGUAGCAGUAUGCGUGAUGAGGAUGAUGACGAGGUGUCGAGUCGGAACUGGGCUCUCCCGGUCGUCUCGUGCCGAACGUUGCCAACGACUGUGAUGAUGCCAAAUGGCAUUUCCGUCGGAGGAGGAGGAGACGGAGGUGGUGGAGGAAUGGCUUGUGAUCCCAAUUACAUGGUCUCAGUCGGCAGCCCAGCUUACCCUGGCCUGGGUCAGCACCAGCAACACGGGCAGCAUUUGCAGCACCAGAAUCAUCAACAGCAAAGUGCCUCCUGGUGGAACCAACAGUCUCAGGGAGCCUAUUUGGACCCCAAGUCCCGCCUCAAUCCCGCUUACGUUCCUCCUCAACAAGGAUUUCGGAAUGAUUCCCCAGCGUAUCAGGGCCAUUUGGGCAAACAUGAGCAAGGCGAAGAGCUUAAUCGAGGAUUAUCCCAUCUCUCAGUUGGCGCAAAUAAAACCAUGCUUCAUCGAAACCAAGCCCACAACCAGAUGAUUGGGCAACUCCAGAAAACAUGUGAUCUCGACUAUCCUGCCACAACAAUUCCUUCAGGUUCGACGGCUAAUUUUCUACGACAACAAGCUGCCAUCAAUACCCAGAGACGAGACAGUGCAGCCACGACUCUGAGUUCGUGUUAUGGAAGCAUGAAGUCUGGAGCUAGUGGUGCAUCGUCAGGGAGAGGAUGGCAGUCGUCGACACCGACAGUGUCGAGUCCCGGCGUCAAUCAACAAAUGGCGUAUCCAACGCAAAUGCAGCACCAACACGGCCAGCAGUUGCAGGACAGUAGACGUUGGAGUGCGGCCUCUUCUCAGUGCUCAAGUGGAGUCAAUGGAGAAAGCAACAUGAAGUUGCAUAGUCAACCGGCUCCACCUUACCCCCAGCAAACCCGUCGGGUCUCUGCUGGACCAGGUCCAACAACGUUACUCUCCUGGGGCAACAAUAACUCGACUGCAACCGGAUUGAGUGCAAGGCCACACCUGCAACAUCCAGGACUACAUCAACAACAAGUUGCUGGACACCAGGUGGUGCCACCAAACAGCACUGGUGGAGGUGGUGGUGUAGGUGCAGCAGUGUCGCGUCGUCGCAGCUCUGGUUUCUCGUCCAUUCGCUCCAAUUCAGAUUUGUCGUCCACUUCUCCUGCCGUGGCUGCGCACCUGCAGAACUUGCACCAGAGGGCGGUAGCAUCGCAAGAUCUGGUCAGGCCCACCACUGCUGCAGACGCAGUUUGUGUCGCAGCAUCGCCCCCCGUCCACCGCGCCAUCUAGUGUUCGUGGUGCAGAAAACACUGCACCACAGCCGCAGAAUCAUCAGUUGUCCGAUGCUUCCUACCAGCGGACCUUGGAGUACGUCAAGGGCUGUCAAGCCUGGCAACAGCAGCAGCAGCAACAACAACAUCAACAGCAGCAGCAGCAACAGCCUGUGCAUCAACACCAGAAUCAGAUGCAUUUGUACUCGCCACCUGCGCAACAAGGUGCUCCGCAGCAGCAGCAGCAACAGAUGAUUAUGACGAAUCUGUCCCCGAAUGUGAACAAUGGAUCGUCACCAGCUAAUAUGGCUGAUCUCAAUUGCUGGUACCCAACGACGACGACGACGUCGGGCUUCCAGCAGCUCCAGUCGCCGUCCGUGUCACAAAUGGCGGCCCGCGCGGCCACCAACAACAUGGUGGUGAAUAAUCUCAACUCAAGCCUCACGUCGCUGGCGGAAGAGAAUCGCUAUUUGCAGCUGAUUCAGUGAUGAGCCGGCAAUUUUGUCCUCGGUUUUUUUUUUUUUUUUUUCGGGUUUGAUCGAUUGAAAUUUUUUUGUGGACCCAUUUUCCCGAAUUAUUGAUGUUUUGACCCCGUUUAUGUGUCAUGUUAUGUGCUGGAUAUGCCGAGUUGUAUGAUGAAAAGCCCGUGCCGCUGACGCUACAAUUGUCGACUCAUUUCAUCUCUCUGUGGAAAAAAAU